AUGAGCGUCGAAAACAUGAGCAAAAAAUCUUGGGAAUCACUCUCUUCAACAUUUUCGCAUCUCGAGAUUUCGCUCUCUCGUGACAGCUGUUAUGCUUCAGAUGAAGUGUCUGCGACUUUUGUCCAACCUGCGGUUACCAAUCCAGCCACGAGAUUGUCAGUCGCUCGUUCGACUGAAGCUACUUUCCCGAAAUCCAUACUGAAAAGGCCAUACGCCGACAUCGAGGAAGAUGAAGAGUCGGAAUCCGGUUAUGCAUCGGACUCAUCGGAUUACCCUGAUGGAAUAUUUGAAGACAUUGAUGACGACAUGUGCGACAUCGUCGACUGGGAUGACACCUCCGAGGUCAUGUCCGAGCUCUGUGUCGAUGAUAUUGAGUCUUUCGAUGGCUCAUUCAUUUCGUUCGAGUCUUCGGUGCGUUUUGACUCAAACGUGCAAUAUAUCGAGCCAUUAGAAUAUCAGGAGGAUGAGACUCCGGACAAUGGCAUGACCUUUCAUGAAAUGAUGCUGGCAGCAAAAGUGUCAUCUUACCCCAACAAAUCCCAUGAGGAAACGUACAGUGGAGCCGAAACCAGCGAUGUCGACGAGGCCAGCCACGAAGCUAUCGCGGAUUCUAUCGAGCAACUUCCGGAGCAUACUGGCGAUAUUCUUGACCUUGACAAGAGGCUUUUCGUGGCUUACAUGAAUGGCAUCAACGGGAUUGGGAAUCUUGAGUAUAAAGCACGCCUUCGUGACCGGGUAGCAGACUUCAAGUCAGGUCGUGUGCCAUCGCCUUUCUUGGACUUGGAUAGCGCCAAUGCGCUCUACCUAGACAAUGUGCUUAGCCAUGUUAUUGGCACCUUUCGCAACAUCGUGGUAAAGGAUGAAUUCUCCGAGCUCGCCAGGAUUUGUGGGGUGCAUAUCCCACAAGGGACGUUGUCCACCCAGGAUGUAUUUGACAAGAUCGAGCAUCUACUAUCCGAACGAUUAACCAGUGAUGACGUGGACAUUGGGCCGGAUGAGCUGAGCUUUUUUGCUAGCGGAGUCGCAUACGCGCUUGAAAACUGGAGGUGCUAUUCGGCCCCCAGUCCCAUUCAGUCAGCGGCGUAA